UGUCUUUCGGUUUAUAGGGCUUUUCCUUCAAACUAUGCUUUUUAUUACAUUUUUUAAGAAUGUUUAGAUCCUUAUCUCUGGUAUAGUUAUGAUUUCUGAUUACCAAAAUCUUGUUAAACUUCCUGUAGCAUUUUUGAACUUGGUCUACCUGUCCUUUGCAUCUCUACUUCACUCGCUCCUCUUAUCUUUUUGCAUGCACAUGGGUUAGGACAGGAUAAAGUAUUAGAGAUAUACUGAGGAUAAGUCCCUCUGGAGAAAGGUGAUGAGUCAGGCAGAUCUGCAUGUGUACCUGCAUGUGGAUGAGGGAAAGGGAAGGCACUCUAGGGUUUGAUCAUCUCAUUGAAGAAAGUCCCUGAGAUCUCUGUCGGUCGGCGGCGGGUACAUGAAUCCACCCACCGCCUUGCUGCUUUGCUUUUGAGACUACUGCUUCUCUGAAGCGUUCGCUGCAUUUCCCACCUCUCUCUUCACUUUUGUUCCUCCUCUCCACUGUGUCACCAUGGAUAUUGGUGGCCUAACAACAGUGGUGGCCAACUCCGCCUACAUCUCUGCCCGUGGGAGCUUUGAUGGCACCGCCAACCCCUCAGCCAACCGUGACAAGAAGUACCACUCCCGCCUGAAGCUGCCCCACAUCACAGUCUGUGAGGGUCUGCGAGAGACUCUGGACCUGGGCUUCCAGACGGUCUGUGUGGAGCAGCCCAUCGGCAAACGUCUGUUCCAGGAGUUCCUCGAUUCCGUCAAUGAGUACAAAGGGCCGUGCCGUCUGUGGAAGGAUAUUGAGGAGUACAACAUGGCAGAGGAUGAAGACAGGGCCAAGAAAGCAAGCAAGAUCUUGUCUCGGUACAUGGAGCCCGAUGCCAAGCACUACUGCCCCUUUCUGCCAGAAAACGGGAUCACAAAAGUAAAGGAGAAACACCAAGAAGCCGGGGACGAGCUCUUCAGUGAAACCAUGGACAGCGUGAUGGACUUUCUCAAGGAAGUGCCCUACACUUUCUUCUUGGAGAGCAUGUAUCUCAAGAGGUUUCUGCAGUGGAAGUGGCUUGAGAUGCAGCCCAUCGGAGAGGACUGGUUCUUGGAUUUUCGCGUGCUGGGUAAAGGAGGAUUUGGGGAAGUGUCAGCCUGUCAGAUGAGAGCCACGGGGAAGCUGUAUGCCUGUAAAAAACUGAACAAGAAGAGACUGAAGAAGAGAAAAGGAUAUGAGGGGGCGAUGGUUGAGAAAAGGAUCUUGGCUCGAGUUCACAGCAGGUUCAUUGUCUCCUUGGCCUAUGCCUUCCAGUCAAAAACUGAACUGUGUCUGGUCAUGACCAUAAUGAACGGAGGAGACCUGAGGUAUCACAUCUAUAAUGUGGAUGAGAACAACCCUGGGUUUGAUGAACCCCGAGCCUGUUACUAUGCUGCACAGAUCAUCCAGGGUCUAGAGCACCUCCAUCAGAAGAGGAUCAUUUACAGAGACCUCAAACCAGAGAAUGUGCUGCUGGACAAUGAAGGUAACGUGCGUAUUUCUGAUCUUGGUCUGGCUGUGGAGCUGGCUGACGAUCAGUUCAAAAUCAAGGGCUAUGCUGGAACUCCAGGUUUCAUGGCUCCAGAGCUCCUGAAUGGAGAAGAGUACGACUACUGUGUGGAUUAUUUCACCUUGGGUGUUACUCUUUACGAGUUUCUGGCCGCCAAAGGGCCCUUCAGAACCAGAGGAGAGAAGGUGGAGAAUAAGGUGGUAAAGAAAAGGAUUCUGAACGACCCGGUCACUUAUCCAGAGAAGUUCAGUGAAAACGCCAAGUCCAUUUGUGAGGGUCUGCUGUGCAAAGAGGCCGACAAAAGGCUUGGCUUUAAGAACGAGUCAUGUGACGAGCUGAGGGCACACCCCUUCUUCAACCAGAUCAACUGGAGGAAACUGAAUGCAGGGAUCCUGACACCCCCAUUCGUGCCAGACUCCAAGACUGUGUACGCCAAGGAUCUGGACGACGUCGGCGCCUUUUCCACGGUGAAGGGGGUGCAGCUGGAAGAGGUGGACACGGUGUUUUUCGAUGAGUUUGCCUCUGGGAACAUCGCCAUCCCCUGGCAGGAGGAGAUGAUCGAGACCGGGAUCUAUGGAGAGCUCACAGUCUGGGGACCCGGCGGCACUUUGCCCAAUGACCUGCGGCGUGAAUCCAUCCUGGAGCAGCCGCCCAAGUCUUCAACCUGCUGCGUAUCGUGAUAUAAAUGUAAAAAGAAAUCAAUUCACAAAUGGCUUUUUUUUAAAUACACAAAUUGGUCAAUUCAAAAGGGAGAAACAUUAUUGAUAUGAAUGUUUUUCUUUUUUGAUAAGGUAUAUACCUAUACAGCAUAUUUUCCAGUCUUUUCUUUCUCAUGUUUUUUGCUGCCAUGUUAUUCUAAGCUUAACAAUUUGCUAAUUUAAUUUAUCAAGACUUAACAAAUGCUUUAAAAGUGCUGUACAGUUAAAAUAUUUAAUACUACAUAAAAUAAAAACUGCUCUUUACACUAGUAAAAUUUUUUAUUGACAUAUAUCUUUAUAUUUAACAUUGUUGUUGUUAGUUUAACUACAAAGAUGCUAUCUCAUGACUGACUGUGUAAAUGAAUGUAAAGGAAACAGUAUUUUUCCUACCUGUUAUUUUGCUGCUUCAAAAAAAGUGAUAUAUCUAUAUAGACAUAUAUAAAACACAGCAUCACAUUUCUGGGGGAGAAUUUUCUUUGCUUUUACUUCCUUUUGUUCUUAAAAUGUUUUAUGUUAGUUAACCAGCUUCAGAAAUGUAAAAACAGCAAAUGUUUCA